CCUGGCAACAGGUGACGCUGCAGGUCAUGUGACCUCGUCCUCUGGUUUUUACAGCAGCUCUCAGUCCGACUGUGUCAGUGUUUGUCAGGUCAACAGAGGAACAUGGCUUCAUCCUUCCUCAGCUUCUCCCUCCUCUUCAUCGCUGCGUCCACAGCAGAUGGAUUUUGGCAUUAUUCAGUGGCUCGCUGUGACUUUAACUCCACUGAGCUGAACGACAUCACGCUCAUCUCCUCUACAUUCUACAACAAACUGGAGAUCACCAGGUUCGACAGCAGAGUGGGGAAGUUUGUUGGAUACACUGAGUUCGGAGUGAAGCAGGCUGAGGCCUGGAACAAAGGUCCAGAACUGGUUCAGAGCAGGAAUGAGAAGGAGAGAUACUGUGUUAACAACGUUGGAAUUGACUACCAAGCUGCUCUGACUAAGUCAGUUGAGCCCUACGUGGUCAUGAGCUCCACGACGCCCCCUGCUGGGAAACAUCCUGCCAUGUUGGUCUGCAGCGUCUUCGACUUCUACCCCAAACAGAUCAGAGUGAGCUGGCACAGAGACGGACAGGAAGUCUCCUCUGAUGUCACUUCCACUGAUGAGCUGGCAGAUGGUGAUUGGUACUACCAGGUCCACUCUCACCUGGAGUACACACCCAGGUCUGGAGAGAAGAUCUCCUGUGUGGUGGAGCACGCCAGCCUGAAGGAACCUCUGGUUACUGACUGGGAUCCGUCCAUGCCUGAGUCAGAGAGAAACAAGAUCGCCAUCGGAGCCUCAGGACUGAUCCUGGGUCUGAUCUUAUCUCUGGCUGGAUUCAUCUACUACAGGAGGAAGGCCCGAGGACGGAUCCUGGUUCCUACCAACUGAGACGGUCCUGUAUCCUGGACCUGAACCUGGACCUGUAUCCUGGACCUGAACCUGGUCCUGUAUCCUGGACCUGAACCUGGACCUGGUGCUGGUCCUGGUCCUGGUCUUGGUCCUGGUCCUAGUCUUGGUCUUGGUCCUGGUCUUGGUCCUGGUCUUGGUCCUGGUCCUGGUCCUGGGCCUGGUCCUGGUCCUGGUCCUGGUACUGGUCUUGGUCCUGGUCCUGUUGCUGCUUCUCAGAUGGAAGAAAAAUCAGCUGCUGCUUUAACCUGCUUUCUGUUUUCAGCUCAGACUCUCGGUGCUGCCACCUGCUGGACUGGCUGAACACCUGAGUCUUUAGACCUGGUCCAGGACCAUCACACUGUAAACCACAGUCCUGUUCAUUGGUCAGGUCUGAUCUGGACUCUGGUGUCUCAGCUGGACUCUGAUGGUCCUGGAUCAGGUCUGAUCUGGACUGUGGUGUCUCAGCUGGACUCUGACGGUCCCGGAUCAGGUCUGAUCUGGACUGUGGUGUCUCAGCUGGACUCUGACGGUCCUGGAUCAGGUCUGAUCUGGACUGUGGUGUCUCAGCUGGACUCUGACGGUCCCGGAUCAGGUCUGUUCUGGACUCUGGUGUCUCAGCUGGACUCUGACGGUCCUGGAUCAGGUCUGAUCUGGACUGUGGUGUCUCAGCUGGACUCUGAUGGUCCUGGAUCAGGUCUGAUCUGGACUGUGGUGUCUCAGCUGGACCUGAGUUCUGCUUCACCUGCUGCUUCGCUGUGUGAAUCACUGUUUUCCUCGGUGGUUCUGGUCUCUGAUCGUAUCUGAUCCAGUUUGAUUGAUUCUGUAUUUUUCUGCUGUAACAACAAUAAACAUCAGAAACUCUGA